CUCCCCCAUCUAUGGUCCAUCCCCGCGCCCUCCCAGUCCCUCCUCGCCUAUCCCAAACGGAGCAUCCACGAAUGAACGCGCCGCGCUUUGGUUUAACGGUGUGGUGCUCCGGAUUCUUUUGUGCAGCUCUUACUUUCAGCACCGAACAUUGAUGAGGGUACGAAGCCCAAAAUGUGCUUCAUUUCCCUCAGAUAAACGCCUCGGGUGGACGACGGAAUGAUUUAACGAGAAUUCAUCAAGCGAGAAUACGGUUUUUGGUGGAUCUUUACCAGCUGAAGGAAGACAAAACGAGGGCAAGGAGGAUUAUUUUGUGUAAAUACCUGUGGAAAUCGGUUACGGUAGGCUGCGAUAUAUAUACAACGAGCAAAGGAAGCACCCUGAGGGCACGUUUAUUAUUGUUGACAGGGAAAAUACCGUCGCCUAUAUUCGUAUUUUCCUUCAGCCGAAAUAUAUAACCUCUGAAUAUAGUCUUAAAUGGGAAUGUAGUUGAAAUUAAUUCAUUUAUAUAUAAUGUGUGACGCACGAAUGAUGAAUUAUUAGCUAUCAUUAUAGACUGUUAGACAUAUGCCUUGAUGUUUAACAGUUGGAAAUACAGGCGCCUUGACAAAAUUACCAGAUGGCAUGAGCCAUAACUACAUCCGGCCAUAGUAAACACUUGCUGCAUGUGCUAGCAACUUCAUAUGCAUUUAUUUAAUCAAAAGACAAGGAUUAAAUCUAUGUUUUCAAUGUCAAUUGCAAUGUAAAUCUCCUCACAUCACACAUUUAGCAGCCCAUUCCUCAUCAUAAUUGGCUGUACGCCUAUAACUUCAAGUAGGAAUUGAUCAUUGGAGAUUUCUCUGUAAGUUCACACAUUAACAUAAGCAAUAAUCCACAAAAUACACAUGUAAAUAUUGUUUAUUCUAAAAGGGAGUGACUGAAUGUAAGUUUGCACAAAGCCAAAGACACAUAAUCAUGAACUAAAUCUAUUUUCUAUUUGUGUCAAAGAUUGCAUUGCUAAAAAUCAUCAGGUUAAACCACCCAACAUAAAUGCAUAUCCCAAAAUCCUUAGUUAAGCUCACUCGUCUUCCAUUAUCUACAUGCAUUUCUCAUUAAAACCUCAACAGCAAGUCUUCCGCUGUCAAGACAAUAGCACAUAUCUAACAAAAUCUAGUUUAUGAAAUUAAAUAUUGAUCAGAGUAUAACAUAUACUGUAUUUUAGAAAAUUAGACAUUGAUCAGAGAAUUUUAAUCACUAUAUUCAUAUCUAUUAUUAAGAAUGCACUUGGGAGUAUUUAAAUAGGGAAAGAAGAAGAGGUAGUGAUUGAAACUUGAGUCCUCAGCUCAUUUUUCGUUCGUGGAGUAACUGAAUACUCUGUGUGUGGACUUAUUGAAGGGAUCGUGUGCACAGAGGGCGUCACAUAUCUCAAACUCUCUCACUGAACUCCUCAUCACAACACUCAUCUGCAGGAACAAGAGCAAGCAUCCUCAGGAUCUGAACUGAACAGUAAAACCCACCAUCAUCUCCUUUCCCAAACUGUUUAAUAAGAGAUCCAAAGGACAUAUUGGAUUUGCAAUUGAUCUGCUGUCUCGUGGACUACUUGCCUCCUUCUCUUUAGUUUGAGUUUGUGAGUUUGUGAGUGUGUGUGUGUUUGUGUGUGAGUGGGAACGACAGAGACUCGACUCUGAAAACAAAGCCUGUGAAGAUGUCUGCACUGCGGCUUCUGUGGGUCCCUGCGCUGUUGUGUUUAACACAUGAGGUCAGAUUUGCAAAAAGGUGAUUGAUUGAGAUCGAUGCAGAUGCUUCUGUGGAAACUGCAGGGUGAAGUGUGAGAAAGAUACCUGGAAUCUCAGCUUGGCUCUGCUAUGGAGCGUGUGUGGAGGUCGACUCUGACACAGAGGCAGUGGCGGGAAAAGGCUUCAAACUGACCUGCAUCUCUUGCAAGAUGAGAGGAGAAGUGGUUGCCUCCGCCACGGUGGACUGGUGGUUCAUGGCCAAAGGCGAGAGUGAAUUCACACACAUCUACACUUAUGCAGAAAUGACAGCCAGCAUAACAGACGAGCGCUUUGAAGACCGCCUGGCCUGGAAUGGCAGUAAAAAAACAGACGACGUGCAGGACGGCUCAAUUUACAUCCUCAACGUCACCUUCAAUGACACCGGCACCUUUCGAUGCUUCUUCGACAGAAUCCUCAUCUUCCCCAACUAUGAGUACCACACCAACGCCACAAAGUUCAUCACCAUCAGCGUAGUAGGACAUGCAACCCGAGGGAUGGCGUCAAUCUUGUCUGAGGUGAUGAUGUACGUGUCCAUUAUCGGGCUGCAGUUGUGGCUGGUGGUGGAGAUGGUUUACUGCUACAGGAAGAUUGCAGCAGCCGGAGAGGAAGCGCUGAGAGAGAGCGAGGCGGAAUAUUUAGCUAUAACCUCUGAGAGCAAAGAUAACUGUGCAGGUGUAGCGGUGGCAGAAUAACACAGGUCUAAAAAAAGCCUCAAGCCAAAAGCUUGAAGCUCUGUCCAUCAUGACACGACCAACGGCCUCUCCGUCUCCCUCUCUGGCGCUCUGCCAAACCACAGGACCAUUGUUUGACCUUUGAGUUCGACUGUGACAGAGGCACCAUUAUAAACCAUCAGGGAAACACAGUCACACAUUACGUUAAAGGAAGUGUUUUGUUUUAAGGCACAUGAUGACCGCUCUGAGUUUAAAUGAAGAAUGCAGUAAUUGUAGCACUGCACAUAACAAAUCAUACCCAACAUGACUUGUACAUAUGUUUUAGCUCUUAACACCUGUAAUGCUUUUUCACAUCAAGAGAACUCCGCUUUAAAUGGGAUCAACAUAAGUCACUAAUAUAUAUCGACUGAGCCAGAGGACUUUAGACAUGUUAGAAACUGUGUAGUUCACUAGUAUAUUUACUGAGCCAGAACAGAAAAGAAUAUAUACACAACUAUAUACAGAUGAUCUAAAAAAAAAAAACUUGAAAUAUGUGAACACACAUCUAUAUAUCCUUAUUUAAAAGAUCAAAAACACAUGAAAGGGAAGAAAUAGCUAGAAAAUCAGAACACAUUGAUGUACAGUAUUAGGGGUGUAACGUAAUACACAUUCGCAACAGAAGCUUGUGUACCCAACAAAUGCUGCAUUAUUUUAACUACUAAAUGAGUAUGACAGCUUGUUGUUAUCUCCAUGGAAUUAAAACUUUUUAGCUCACAGUUCUGACUUUCUUAGCUAGAAACAAGUCUGAAAUGAGAUGUUGGAAUUGUGAUACCGACUCAGGACUGAGGGGAACUUCAGAAUUGUCAUGAGAACAGAAAUUUGCUUGUCUGUUUGGUUCUAUGGCGACAAAAAAAAGAGCAUCAUGAGAUCCUAAAACUAAUAACUACAGUUAUUUUA